UUUUUUUUCCUUUCACACACUAGAAGCAACCUGACUGUAGCUAGCUCGACGUCGCCUUCGCUUCUACACGUUGUGAAACUAACCAACGCAUACGGAAGCUGGGGAUUAACUGACUACUAUUUGAGACAUCGAGAUCGGUUAGAAUGGGAGAUCCUGCCCUUAACAGAGAUUGCCCUCUUGACUGUAAGGUUUAUGUUGGGAAUCUAGGCAAUAGUGGGAACAAGACAGAGCUGGAGAGGGCCUUUGGGUAUUAUGGCCCUCUGCGCAGUGUCUGGGUAGCCAGGAACCCUCCAGGCUUUGCCUUUGUAGAGUUCGAGGAUCCAAGAGAUGCAACUGAUGCUGUGAGAGAGCUCGAUGGAAGGACGCUGUGUGGCUGCAGAGUGCGUGUUGAGUUAUCCAGUGGGGAGAAACGCUCUAGGAGCCGCGGCCCCCCCCCCUCAUGGAGCCGGCGCCCUCGGGAUGACUACAGGCGGCGCAGCCCCCCCGUGAGACGCAGAUCUCCCAGGAGGAGGAGCUUCAGUCGGAGCCGCAGCAGGUCUCUCUCCAGAGACAGAAGACGAGAUAGGUCUCUGUCCAGAGACAGGAACCAUAAACCCUCCAGAUCCUUCUCAAGGUCAAGGAGUCGCUCCAGAUCUAAUGAUAGGAAGUGAGGAUCGGAACUUGAACUCAUACAAAACCAGAAGAUUUCCGUGGUGUAGAAUCAGGUUAUGGAUGGGUUAAGUUUCAUUUUAAAAUGACACGAUAUUUUAGAUUGUUCUCUUUUUGAAAUGGGACAACUUCCUGGUUCAACUAUUUUCUGUAAUUGUCAACUAUCAUUAACUGAUUAACUGUAUGUGAGAAAAAGGUGCGUUUGGAAUAUUGUCUCCAUUAUAAGUUGCUUUCUACAGUACAAGUUGCUUUCUUUUCUAUUUGUAGUUGUAUGGGAAGUGAAUACCACCCAUUGCAUGUCAAAUAAUUUGGAUUGAUUCCUGGCAUGCAACUUCCUAUACUUUUUUUGUUUUUUGAGGUAUUUUGAUUAAAACUUAGAUGCAAUGUUUGGUGGUUUUUUACUUUGGAUUUAGCUUUGUUUUAUAAUGACUUAUUUUCUGUGGGGAUGUCAUAAGUACAAGACCAUGACUGAAAGUUGGUUCUUUCAGACAUUUACUGAAGUUCUCACUUAAGCUUUAAUGGUAAAUAAAUUGCUGUUGAUGUCAA